UGUAUGUCGUGGAGGAGCGGCGGAGGGACGACUCGGGCGAGAGUGCCUGCCUGACGGCGUGCUGGACUGCACUCUGCUGCUGCUGCCUGUGGGACAUGCUGACUUGA